AUGGGUAUUACAGGCCUUAUUCCAUUUUUGGAAAAGUCAUCAAGAAAAACAAAUGUUUCAGAAUUUUCUGGUAUGACUGUAGCUAUUGACACUUAUUGUUGGUUACACAAAGGAUCUUUUUCUUGUGCUGAUAAAAUAAUAAUGGGCCAAGUAACAGAUUUAUAUGUAAAAUACUGUAUGAAAUUUGUGCAUAUGCUACUUAGUCAUAAUAUAAAGCCAAUUCUAGUUUUUGAUGGAAGACAUCUUCCUGCUAAGAGUGAAACGGAAAUAAAAAGGAAACAUUUGAGAGAUGCUAAUCGUAAAAGAGCAGUAGAUUUAAUAAAAAUGGGUAAAACUUAUGAAGGAAAAAAUCUUUUGCGACGGUCUUUAAACGUCAGUCAUGAAAUGGCAUUGGAAGUAAUUAAGGCAUGCCAAGCAUGCAAUGUCGAUUGUAUUGUAGCGCCUUAUGAGGCAGAUGCUCAACUUGCUUACCUUAAUAUUUCUGGAAUUGCUGACGUUGUAGUUACGGAAGAUAGCGAUCUCACUCUGUUUGGUUGUAAAAAGAUAUUGUUUAAAAUGGAUUUGUAUGGAUAUGGAAUUUUGGUGGAACAAGAUAGAUUGCAUUUGGCAAUGGGAAUGAAAGAACCAAAUUUUCACAUAGAUAAAUUUCGGUACAUGUGCAUUCUUUCUGGCUGUGAUUAUUUAGCAUCUCUUCCUGGAAUUGGAUUGGGAAAAGCUUACAAGUUUGUGAUCAAGAAUAAUGACAAUGACAUUUAUAAUGCGUUGCUGCGUAUGCCGUCGAGCCUGAAUAUGAAGUCGCUGGUGAUGACGGAUGAGUACAGGGAAGGUUUCAUGCGCGCCCUCGUGACCUUCAAGCACCAGCUCGUUUUCUGCCCACUGCGUCGAAAGCAAGUGCGCCUCUGUGAUCCGACAGCCAAUGUUACCGAGGAACAGCUUCAGCACGCCGGGACGGAGCUUGAAAACGAGUAUCUCGCGUUCGAACUGGCCCUCGGCAACUGCGACCCCUUCACUUGUGAGAAGAUGCACGAUUACAAUCCUGACUCGGUUCUCCCAAAAAGUACAAAUGCUUGGGAUAAAAAUAUCGUUUCGAAACAUCCGAGUAUUUGGUCGAAAAACUUCAAGAUAAAAGAAAUAAAAGAAAAGAGGGAUAAAAAAUUGUGCGUAACCUCUACGAAAGAAAAACAUUUGCCAGUAUGGACAUCAAAUACUCGUGGUCAAGUAAUUGUAAUGAAAACACAAUCUCUGAAAAAAAAGACGACACCGAGAAAGAGGAGUUUUCAAGAAUCUGAAGAAUCGAUAGAAGAUGUAAUUAAAAUCUAUAGUCAACAUGAAUUAGUAUCACCUAAUCAAUCAAUGCAGUUAGAAUCAACGAAUGAAAAGAUCAAUCAUAGUUUAAUAGAUGUAGAAAAGAAAUCACCAGUAUUUGUCAGGAGGUCAAAUCCAUUUAGAAAAAUUGAAACCGAUGAGAUAUCACCAAGUCUGCUGCAGAGGAUUAGGAAGCGACUUCCAGUGAAGAGUCGAUUGAAGCCAACUGUAAUAGAUGACACAGCUAUUAAGGAAAGCAAAUUUUUUUCUACUAAUCCGAAAGUUAAUGUGCAAGAAGAAGAAGAGUCAAUUAAAGUUGGAGAGUCUAUGAUUACACAUGCUAGUCAAGAGGACUGUAAAGAGAAUGUGAUUAUUUAUGAUGAUAAAAAAAUUAUACCAGAAUCUGAUGUUAGUGAAGAUGAAAUGUUUACAGAAGCACAAGAAAAUGUGAAUAAAGAUAGUGGAUACAAAGGAUCUAGCGAUGAAAGAGAUGAUAUUUUAGCAAUAAAUGGCCAUAAUUUAAGUGAUAAGCAACCGUUUCACGCGGUUGAUAAUUUCUUAAAAAAAAAUACAAAUUCGAAAUCAGAAUUAAAAGAGGACUUAAAAGUAGAAAAUAAUGAUAAUUGUAAAAUAAUUAAUGAUGAAAAUAACAUAGAACUAUCUAUGAUUCAUAAGGAUUUUUCAGAAUUUAACUCCAGUAUGUUCAAAUAUGAAAGUCCAUUAAGGAACAAAACACAAAAAAGUGAUGACAACUAUACUAACAGUAUUUCAAGAAAUACUGAAUCAUUGGGUGGCAGAAUGACUCGACGAAGUGUUAAAAGUAGCACAAAAAAGAAUAUUACAAUUCAGGGUCAACAAAGUUUAUUAAAUAUGUUUGGUUUCCAGAAGAAGAAUGCCCUGAAGCAAUAA